CUGUGCUGUAGGAGGAUAUGAGGUUUUCCCUGCUCCUUCAGACUGUGCCGAUGGUUAAACCUGCAACAGAGUGACGUACACCAACAGAAGCAUCUGUGCCUUAAAAGGCUCAUCAGUAAACAUUUCUUGCACUUACAAAAGCCUAGAUGAUGUUGAAUCCAAAUUCUGGUUCAGUCCUGAACGUAAAGGUCAGUGGCAGAAUCCCUCACAGCCUGAGGACCUUAGUAAAGACUCCCAGUUUGCAGGUCGUGUUCAGGUCAUUGACACAGAGAGAGGACGCUCCACCCUGAGAAUCACUGACCUGAGAGAGAGCGACUCAGCUGAGUAUCACUUCAAAUUCACAUCACCAAGCUUUGAAUGGAGGAGUAGUUUACCUGGUACAACUCUGACUGUCACAGCUCUCCAGGUGCAGGUGACCAGAAAAAAAGGCUGUCAGUUUUAUGCUGAGGCAGAGAUGAAGUGUAAGAGCAGCUGCAGUCCAGCUGGUCGUCUUUCCUACGUCUGGCUCCAGAAUGGGGAGGAAAGCCCGGGGAUGGAGGCAUUUUCUUAUGAAGGACACGCCAUCUCCUGUGCUAUAAAGGGACUCGAGGAGUUCCCCUCUCCUUCAGUGUAUGCUCCAAAGCUUCCCUCUGUGUCAGUGAGUCCCUCUGCUGAGAUAGUGGAGGGCAGUUCAUUGACUCUGACCUGUAGCAGUGAUGCUAACCCAGCAGCUACUUUUACCUGGUACAAGACGAACGCAAACCCUCAACCUCUCGGUAAAGAACCUCAGCUUGUCUUCAGCUCCAUCCAGUCCUCUGACUCUGGACAGUAUUACUGCACAGUAGAGAACGAGCUGGGGAGGAGGAGGUCUAAUGACAUCAUCGUUAAUGUGAAAUACAAAUCAACUAUAAUCAUGAAUAUCAUCAGGCUGACUCUGGUGCUACUGCUUCUUUUUUCUCUGAUGAUGAGAUUCAGGAAGAGGAAAACUCUGAGCUCCACCACUGAACAAAAUGAACCCAAAGAGACUCUGGAGUUGGAGUCUGGUCCUGAUAUCAGCGUCUCAGCCUUGAUCACUGUCACUGCAGCACAGACAGAAGACGCAGAGGAACAGGAACACUGGGUGUGA